AUGGACGCGGGCGGCUGGGCCGAUCCUACUGGGUCCGCCGAUGGAGAAGCGUUAGAUGUUCUGUCCCACGAACAGCAAGUAGCCGAAAUGCCUCGCGAGAUACACGGCGAAGCGGGGGAGAACGGUCAAGUUGGUAAUCAACCUGAAGAUCUUCAUGGUGAGCAUUGCGGCGACCUCGACGCGGCAGACGCAUUCUUGAGAAAAGGCACGACGGGACAAGCCUUGUUUGAUUGCGAUGGGAUGAUCUCCUCGCCCGCCACGUCGAGCGGCCCCUCUUCAGAUUCUCUGCUCGCGACACACGCCGCAAAUCCCGCCGCGAUAGGCGGCGAUUCUGCUCAGAAGACGAGGACUCCGCGUGUGGGCGUCGAAUUGGCGUCGGCGGAUAACGCCACGGCAGAGCAACAGCAAUGCAGGAGCCAGGGUGGUGGCGUUGGCGUUGCCGUCGGUGGUAGUGUUGCUGGUGCUGAUGCUGACGCCUCUGUCACUGUUGCUUUUCUUGAUGCCGGUACUAUCGCAAACGGCGACGCGACGGCAGAUCGGCAGCCCGGGAUCCCUGGCGUUGGCGUUGUAGUCGGUGGUGACGCCAAUGCGGAUGCUCAUGCUAUUUAUAAUGUUGACGCUGGUGCAAAAGGCGGCGCCACGGCAGGUCAGCAGCUAAGGAGUCAGGGUGCGGGAGCAGGAGCGGCCGCCGGUGAUAGUGGUGGUGCUGAUGCUGACGAUGCGGGUGACGCCGAUGCUUAUGCAAAAGGUGAGACCAGCGCAGAGCAGCAGCGCGGGAGCCAGGGUGUUGGCGUUGUCCUUGCCGGCAGUGAUGGCGGUGUUAUUGGUGCUGGUUACGGCGGUACGGGGCUGACCUAUACCGGAGUGCUGCAGCAGAUCCAGGGGUGUGCGAGUGCUAGCAGCGACGGCGCCACGCCUGCAUCAACCACCAACAUACAGCGAGAUUCGGUGCUAUGUAACAUUGUUUCGCUCGGGGGUGAGAAUGGCGGAUUUGAUGACGCCACGGCAGAGCAGCAGCACGGGAGCCGGGGUGCUGGAGCUGGCGCCGCCGUCGCCGGUGGUGAUACUGCUGGCACUGGUGAUGGUGGUACGGGGCUGACCAUCACAGGACAGCCACAGCAGAGAAAACGACACAAGGGACAGGCGUGUGCCACUGCUAGCAACGACACCGCUGACAGGCCUGCGUCGACCACCAACAUGCGGCGAGAUUCGGAGCAGAGUAACAUCGUUUCGCACGGGGGUGAGAGUGGCGGAUUUGGCGGCAGCAGCAUCACUGCUGCGUGUGACGGCGGCAGCGGCAUGCUGGUGGCCAGCGGCACGGGGGACGGCGACCGAGCUUCUUCUCACCUCUCGGGAACACCACGGGCGUCAAGCAAGGCUGCUCUGAACGAAUCCGACACGGAAGUGGAAGAGAAGGAGACUACAGGCGAAAGGGAACCCGCAGGGAAACGAGAAAAGGUGGCGGAUGUGGAGCAGCUGUCAUCGCAAUCACGACCGUUGUAG